AUGUCAACUAUAAUUUUUGGCUCUACAGGAUUGUGUGGUGCUGCAUUCUUGAAGUACGCAGACAAGCUGGAUGCUCUCAACCAUUUGGUCACGGUUACCCGCCGCAGCUUAGACUACGAAAGUUCCAAAUUGGAAAAGAUUGUGGAAGCAGACUCCACAAAGUACCCUGGUAUAGUUGCCGCCACGAAGCCAAAGAUUUGCUACACCAGUCUUGCCACUACCAGAGGUGCAGCUGGUUCAGCUCAGGCGUUUGUGGAUAUUGAUUACGGUAUCAAUUAUGACAUUGCUAAGGCGGCAAAAGAGUCCGGCGUGGAGACGUUUGUGUUAAUCUCCUCCAUUGGUGCAAGUGCUCUGUCGCCCUUCUUGUACAUGAAAACGAAAGGUCGUUUGGAAGAUGAUGUGAUUGCUCUCAAGUUUCCUCGGACCAUUAUCUUGCGCCCAGGACCAUUGCUUGGAGAACGUGAAAAGUCGAAGGGUUUUCUCAAUAGUGCGACAGAAUAUCUUAUGAGGCCCAUGUACAAGUUUUCAUUUACGAAGUCGCUUUUUGCUCCAAUUUAUGGUGACGAGGUUGGCAAGGCUGCUGAGCUUUUAAUUGCUAAACCUUUCGAUUCGUCCAAGCCCGUGGUUGAGAUUGUCUCUGGUAAAGAGCUUUUCGAGGUGAAGUAG